AUGAAGACGUCGUCGCUCCUUGCCGCCGUCUCGGCAAUAGCUUUCUUCAUCUAUGAUACUCAUCCGACCGGGAGUCUCGAAGCAUCUGUCGUUGCGUACGAGCGGGAGACGGCAACAUACCAAGUUGUGUGCCCAACGGCCGAUGCAGCCUGCCAAAAGGAGGGUUACUGGCCGGCCAACUAUUGGGACUGCCGGCUUGGCACUGGCGGCCGUCCCGUGAUUUCAGAUCAGUAUGGACGGUGCCACGUAUCAACGUCAACCCCCUCGCUCACGACCGGGACUAUGGAUGAGGAGCUCGCCGUCAACACAUGCUUUGUGGAGGCGCGCUCUGUCGUUGUGGCCAUUACUGCAGGAUUGGAGAAGGUCGAGGCAGUCCACCGGAUACUCACGGAAUCCGAGUACGUUGGGGCUUGGGAAGCUUCGUCUCUGAUGUCUCUGAUGAGUUCUCAAAGUGCGACCGGAACGUGCUCGCCCUUCACGAGCCCUGCGCCUUACACCGGGUCUCUUGUCACGGGGAGUUCAAGUUCGUCGUUGCCUGCGGAGACAGGUGCCGCAACUGGUACGGGAACGGGUGCGGGAACGGGCUCGACGACAGGUGCGGCAAGUGGCACGGCAACAGGCACGGCGGCGACUGGUGCGACAUCGGGUGCGGCGACCAGUGUAGCUUCGAGUAUGUUGAUGCUCUUCGGAGCGGCGUUCGUGGGUUGCGGUACUCUUUGGUGA